AGAUUUUGUUUUUUAGAUUAAACAUCUUUAAAGUCGCUAUACUUUCUUCAUGACCUUCAUAAAAAGGCUAGUUUGUUUGGUCUUUUGGGAUUAUAGUGGUUGUCCGGGGCUUUUGCAACUUCAUUUCAUUUAGUUCUAGGUUUCUUUGAAGCAAAACAGUUCUCAGCUUUUUAAACCUUCUUCUCUUGCAUUUGUCUGCCUUUCAAGUACAAAGUCUCUCCCUGAAAGAGAGAGUGACAACCCCAAAAAAAAAAAGAAGUAAUAAAAAUUGAUAAAGAGAUGGCAUUAGAGGCAGUUGUUUACCCACAGGACCCAUUUUCUUAUGCUUGCAAAGACUUGUACUCUCUGGAAGCUGCAGCGUGGGGCUACGAUGACUUCUGUUUUCACGAAGAACAAAAACCGCUUCAUGGAGUUUUUGAUCAUAAUGACAACAGCGAGCAAGCUGUUGGAGCAAAUUGGGACUCCUCGUCAUCGCCUUCAAUGAUGCAACAGACAAUGGAGUGGGGUCCUAAUUCUUCUUCUCCUGAGGCCCGCACCACCGAGAAAUCUCUAUCUAGAAGAUUAUCCGAUCCAAUGGAACCACAAGCAACAACAAUGGGAGGUAGAAGGAAGCGUAGACGCACUAAGAGUAUCAAAAACAAGGAAGAAAUUGAGAAUCAAAGGAUGACUCACAUUGCUGUUGAACGCAACCGCCGUAAACAGAUGAACGAGUACCUCGCCGUACUUCGGUCUCUUAUGCCGCCUUCCUAUGUUCAAAGGGGCGACCAAGCAUCGAUAAUCGGCGGCUCCAUUAACUUUGUUAAAGAGUUAGAAAAGCUUUUGCAGUCGAUGGAGUCCCAGAAGAGGUCUGCCAAACAACAAGACGAUAAUGGCGCCCCUUCCCCGUUUGCAGACUUUUUCACUUUACCACAAUAUUCAUCGCGUGCAACUCAGCGCAGCAAUUCAUUUGGCAUGACAACUGAUUCGAAUAUAACAGAUAACAUUCCAGAAAUAGAAGUGACAAUGGUGGAGAUCCAUGCCAAUGUUAAGAUACUUACGAAGAGACAACCCAGGCAGCUCCUCAAGAUGGUAGCCAGCUUUCAAAGUCUUCGGCUCAGUAUUCUCCAUCUCAAUGUCACAACUACUGUUGAUGGAAUGGUCCUCUAUUCAUUUAGUCUUAAGGUUGAAGAAGGCUGCCAACUGAGCACGGUGGAUGAAAUUGCAGGCGCAGUGAACCAAAUUCUACUGAAAAUUGAGGAGGAAGCGGCAGCUUUUAUUUAGAUCAUAGCUAAAAGAAAAUGAGAAUAUAACCUUAAUUUCUUUUUUAUUUUUUAAUUCUGUGAUUGGGGUUAUCUCAUAUCUGUUUCUCUGAUGAUUAAAGAGUUAAAGCAGUAGUGGUAUUGUUGCUUGCUUUCGCUCUAGUUAUGUGUCUUUAUCGGCCGGUCCUUUGAGAAUCCUGUGUAUAGAGUUUGCAGCAUUUGUCCUUACUGCCCACUGGCCUUUGGUC